AUGCACGGAAUCGAGGAAGAGCCGGGUUCUAUGCACAGGAGGAGCAAACUUUCGGAAGAUGGCGCAGGCGCCAAUGAUGAAGAAAGGGCACCCAAGAACCAGGAGUACAACUCGGGCUCGCCUCUUAACUACCCAGUUUUGACUAUUCCUUCGCCAGAGGCUACUGAGAACAAGUGCAGACCUACCACGCCUCCUGGUCAUGAACGCAAGAUUUCCCAGGUGGACUCUCCUCCCUGUUCUCCAAAGACGCUCCUCCUAAAUUCCAUUGAGACUACACCGGUGGAUCUUUGCAAGAUGCCAAAGCUCAUGUCGUCUACACCACCCGUGCCUGAGCUGCCCCCGCGCGAUCCUCGCCGCAGCAAGGAGAUCUCAUCGCCCACGCGCGCCGGACUGACAGGCCCACGAGCCGAGCCCGGACGCGACUUGCGCAAGACGGUCGCGGCGCUCCGCCGCAUGAAUUCAGACGCGGCCGACGAUUCGCGCACUAGCCGUCGCUACAGGCAGCUCGGCCGCGAGCCAACCAGCAACAAUCUGGUGGUUGAGCUCGAAAAUACUACCAACACAGAAGAAGGCGAUAUCAGCAGCAAAAACGGGCGAAGUAAGUACACGAGCGGCAAGGCCUUCUCGUCACCAAGCAAGCACUUCGUCCCCGCGAGCACGUACUCUCUCGUUGCCCCGUCGCCACAUAACAGUGUCGCACCGUCUACCAUGUCGACAAACACCGACUCGGUGGCGGCCAGUUCAGCCUUUUCCGCUACCACUGGCCGCACCAGCACUACGACGACAACGACAACAGCGCCGACAACGCCCCCGGCGAUUGCAGCAAUUCAGAAGCCACCAGCAUUCGGCCUUGGCCUCAGCCUUGGCGGCGGCAGCGGCGUCGGUGGUGGCCUCGGCUGCAGCAGCGCGAGCAACAACAGCCUGACCCUCUCCACCCGCAGCAACGGGAUCCACUUCCUCGGCGGUGGCGACGACAGCUGCACCAGCCUGACCGACCUCAUCCUGGCCGAGAACGAAAACAUUUUCGGCCGGAAGGAGCUCGAACUGGCGAAUCCGGAGCGCCCCGGGAGCAGCGUCUGGGAAGAUGGAGAGGGCUUCUGGGAGAGCCCGAGCGCGAAGGAGAGGGAGAUAGCGAGGGAGAAGAGUAGCAGCAGCCUGAGCGUGUACGUCACGCCAUGCGGUAGUGGUGAUGAUGCGGUGGCGACGACGUGCGGCGCCGGGGUGGAUGACCCUGUCACCGCUACUAGCGGUGCUGGUGUUUCUGUGGUUGGAGGUGUGAGGACGAGCAGCGAGUUUUUCGACUCUGAUGCUGAGAACAAGACGCCGACGGGGAAGAAUGGCGCUAGUGACGGUGUUGCUGUGGGCAAGGAGGAGGGAAAGAGGAGAAGAUGGACAGAAAGAGGGGGAGGUGAUAAGCAUAGAGAGAUAUUGGCGCCAAAGGUGCUGAUAUCGGUCCAGCCGCCUAGUGAGCAGGGUACACCAGGGAGCUUGUAUGACCAGGAUGGAUUUCUGAAAUGA